UGGCGUUGUGACGUCACCGCCCAGUUGUAUGUUUGCGCACGCGCACUGCACUCGGGCUGAGGAAGCGAGUUCAAGAGGAAACUUCGGCGGCGGCGGUGAGGAGCUCGUUGUUUAUUCCCCCGCGCACAGAGGAUUUAACCACCGAGUUCCCCAGAAAAUGUCGGCGUUUGACGACAACCCUUUCGCCGAAGCAGAUGGCGUCAACCCCUUCAAUGACCCGGCUGUCACGCAGGUGACAAACUCCAGCAUCGAACCUGUGGACCAGUACAACCCUUUCCCCGCCACAAGCCUUCCUAGUCAGACCACUCCGGCCUCCACCUCUCCCUACCAACCGGCGGUGCUGCAGGCAUCCUCAGAGCCCAGUCCACAAGCGACCGCCGCCGCAGCACAGGCCGACCUGCUGAGGCAGCAGGAGGAGCUGGAGAGGAAAGCUGCCGAGCUGGACCGCAGAGAGCAGGCGCUCCAGAACCGAGGCUCCUCAGGUAAAGAAAACAACUGGCCUCCGCUCCCCAAGAGUUUCCCCAUCAAGCCGUGUUUCUAUCAGGACUUCGCCGAGGAGAUCCCCAAUGAGUACCGGCGGAUUUGCAAGAUGAUGUACUACCUCUGGAUGUUCAACUGCGUGACGCUUUUCCUCAACAUGCUGGCUUGUUUGGCCUACUUCACCACGUCGUCUUCCUACGGGGUCGACUUUGGUCUCUCCAUCCUGUGGCUGAUCCUCUUCGCUCCGUGCUCCUUCCUCUGCUGGUACCGGCCCGUCUACAAGGCCUUCAAGACCGACAGCUCCUUCAGCUUCUUCUUCUUCUUCUUUGUCUUCUUCUGCCAAGUGGUCAUCUUCAUCAUCCAGUCGGUGGGCAUCCCCGACUGGGGAAACAGCGGUUGGAUCGCCGCCUUCUCGGUCAUCAAGUCAUCCAAACCGGUCGGCGCCAUCAUGAUCAUCGUGGCCAUCCUCUUCACCAUCUGCGCCGUCAUGUCCGUCAUCCUCCUCAAGAUGGUUCACGGCAUGUACCGUCGGACUGGCGCCAGCUUCCACAAGGCCCAGCAGGAGUUCUCGCAGGGGAUCUUCACCAACAAAACAUUCCAAAGCGCCGCCGCCAGCGCGGCGUCCUCGGCGGCGCAGGGAACGUUCCAGGCGAACAACUAGCCCACGCGGGGCUGAGCGUUCAGGUCAAGGUCUUCACGUUAGCAGGUUGGCCGUUGAGUUUUGUUAACGUGUUGACCUUGAGCAAGGUGAGGCUGCACUCAUACAAGACACCCACCACCACGGCCACAGAUGACAUCAUCUAGGGAGGGACGACAACCACACCAGGUGCAUUGUGGGUGAAGUAUGGAGAGACGUUGACUGAUGGCUCAUUUCACUUUUGUCUCGGCUGUGUAUAUUUUGUGUGCACUUUUUGCCAACGCUCUUUGAUGUAAAGCGUCUGUGGCAUAUUUUUUUUUUCCCUGCGUGUGUGAGAUUCUUUGCAACCAUAAUUUUUCUUUUUUGCGCCAUUGUUUGGCAAUUUAACAUUUAGGUUUUGUUAAAACCAAGGAAAAGUGACAUUCGCACAAGUGCUGAGGGGGAAAAAUAUGAAGUAGAUCCAUUCCAAUAACACAUUCCUCAAACAGUCUUCCCUCUGCGUCAUCGACUUGAAAAAAAAAAAAAAACUUGCAUAUGAAAAGUCUACACACCUCUGUUCAGAUGGCAGGUUUUUGUGAUAUAAAAAGAGACCAAAAUAAAUAAUUUCAAAAUUGUUUCAUCUGUGAAGAAUUGAAGAAGAACUCAAUUAGGGGGGGAAAAAAAUAAACUUUUUUGAAAUAAGAAUUGAAAAUAAAUUUGUGAGAUAAUGUGGUUGCACAAGUGUGCACACCCUUUUUGGGCAUCUUUUAAAUAAGAGUCAAUCUACUGCUGUUUAGUAUUGCUCCAAAAAUGUUUGGCCCAGUGGACACCUUCCCCCGUCUGCAGUUAAGUCGAUAAAUACCCAUGACCACUUUUUUUUUUUUUUUUUUGUAGAAAUACGGUCUUAUAAAGUUCUGAUUUUAUUUUUGUUCUGAAACAAAAAACAUCUUUUUGAGUAAAUGAUCUCAAGCUUUGAAUAUAAUGAUGAAAAAAAAAACCUGCAAUUCAGAUCCUUCAUUCAGCACCACGCACGAUUAGUUUCCUCAGGGUAUUAUUUCAGUGUUGCAUCAAUUAAUUAAGACAUAAUAAAAUCUGAGUCUUUUGUUAUUAAUUACACUUUGAUCCCCUCGGGUUUGUAAUAGAAAAGUCCUGGUAGAAAUUGACAAAAUCACUCAUAAGUUUAAUGAAACGAUGAAUUCAAAUCUCAAACCUUUGUCGUUUGCGCUUUUUCAUCCAAAUUCUAAAAGCAAAACGAUUUGUGCAAGCAUAUUAAUUUUCAGUCCGCUUCCAAGUGUUUUUUAUGGGAUGUAUCACCUCUUUAAUUGUGGAUGAAUCAGGUUUGUGCUGCAGAUGAUGAUGGAUUAUAACUAAUUUAAAAUUUGAUCCAGCAUCCAAAUGGUUAUACAAUAUGUUUGGGUUUUUUUUUUGUUCUCAAUUCAUAUUGUGUUUGGAGACGUCAGUGCCUUUGGUAUGAAAAGAUUUAAUGUAGCAUCUAAAAAUAAAAUGCUUUGCUCUCAAUCCAUGUCUGUAUUAAAUAUGAUGUACUUUAUGUACAGUACUUUUUUUUUACCCUGUUCGA